AUGAAGCGUAAACGGUCAAAUAAUAUUACUGUGAAGACAUUAUUUCGACAAUAUACGGUCGAUGAUGUAUUUAGUGGUUCUUUGGACCUUUUUGAUAUGAGUAAAGUCUUUAUGUGUGAGUCGUGUCUUUCAUGCCUUACGACAAAGGAUGAGCUACAAGAGCACACCAAAAUUUGCCCAUAUAGGUAUUGGAUACCAGGCGACGAAGUGUAUCGGUGUGGAAAGAAAUGUUGUGCUGUUUUUGAAAUUGAUGGACGAAAACCAGCUUCGGUUCCAUUUACGCGACGAAUUGCCCGGAUAUCGAAACUUUUUUUGGAUGAAAAAACCACUUUGGAUGAUCUUCACUUUUUUGCCUUUUUGGCUCUUUUUGAGGUUGACGAUUAUGGAUAUCAUUUUGUUGGGUAUUUUAGCAAAGAGUGGAGAAGAAGCAUAACGUGUGAUAAUUCACUUUCUUGCUUGAUGGUUUUACCACCUUAUCGUUCUAAAGGAUAUGGGGCUCUUCUUAUUGAGUUAUCAUAUGAAAUGGGACGAAUAGAAGGCCUUUCAGGAACCCCUGAAAGACCAUUAAGCACCGCUGGAAAAAAGAUAUUUAAACGAAUGUGGCGGGAAGAACUUUUGCGGGCAAUCUCCUCUCUGAAUAAAAAGGGAAUUCCGGUAACCAUAAGUUCACUUUCUGAAGAAAGUGGAAUGACGAUAGAAGAUGUGGUUGUCACCCUUCGUCAUCUUAACGCCGUAUUUUCUGUGACGAAACACAGUCCAUUGAUCUGUCUUCCUCGUGAUAUUAUAAGCAAGGCCGAAGAAGACAAGAGAAUAAACAGGAAAUCGUUUUUGUGGAUUUCACUGUUUUAG